AUGUAUUUUUUAUGCUGUUCGAUUAUAAUCCUGGUUCUAACUAAUACUUCUAACAGCGUUAAAUUAGACAUGGAAGGCACCAUCAGUUUAGGCAAAGAUGUCGUACAGUCAUUAUCUAGUUUUUUGGGAGGAGGUUUAAAUUAUAGGCGAUCAAUGACACCGGUUGGAGAUGAAGAUAACGUGACAACUCUCGUUAGAACGACAGCUCUUUGCAAGGAUCUACAAUUUUGCGUCCCAAUGUGGAAUUUCAUCGAGGAAUAUGUGAUUGUAUUGACAAACUCUAUUCAAACUAUCCUCAGUGGAAUAUUAGAAGACAGUUUUAAGAUGUUCAUAUUUGAGGGUCAAUUGAAGCUUUAUUUGGAAAUUGUGAGACAUAUUCUCGAAAAUACGGAUGCAAAGAUAAGCGAGGAUAACAAAAUCUACUACUGGAUAGAUACGAUGAAAAAUAUCUGCUCGAAAUUCCAAGAGAUGUCGUCGAUAUUUAUAAAAGAGGAAUUUCAAAUCGACCCAAACAAAAUAAACGAAGUCAAAAAGGAACUAAAUCAUAAAUUAAUAAUUGCGACAGUAUUAGUAGAAAUGAAGUAUCAAAUCGAAUUAUGUUCUAAACAUAAUAUUUGUGUUGAAUCGUUUGAAGUAACAACAGCCUUGAAUACGCUACUUGAAAGAUUUAAGUCGUUGUCUGAUGAAAAAGUCAGACAGUUCAUUAAGUAUGUCUAUGAAGCUCUUUUUGAAACACCGUUUUAUUCUUACAUAAACGAAGAAACUGCACAUGAGCUUCAAGUCAUUUUAAACGAUAUGGCGUAUUCCAAAGAAGUAUCCACAAAAGAUUUACUAUUAACAAUUCAAGGUAUAGUCAAAACGAGAUUGGACACCAUAACAACGAACCGAGAUGAAAAAUUGUAUCACGACGCCCUUCUGAUUCAUGGCAUUUUAUCAGAUAUGGAUCAUAUUUAUAGUGUGCAUAAAAGUAAACAAUUUGCUAUGUUUUUCGAAAAUUUUAUAAUUUGGAUCGAUUCUUUAGAUUUCCAACUAGAUAAAGAUAUCCGUUUGGUUAUGCGAGACAUUGGGGAAAAUUUGUGGGCAGUCCCUGAUAAUUUGUUGGUCAAAUUGACAAAUGAAGUUAAAGUAUUUCUGGAAUUGACCGUAGAUCCUAUUCCGAAAAAUAAGUAAGAAGCACAUGUAAAGUUUUUUUUUGGAAAUAAAAGAGUUCUGCUAAAGUAAAAGUUCACCAGGUCUGUUUCUAAAUGAUCGACAAUUUAAAACUAUAUUUAUACCUAUAUAAAACUGAAAAAUAAAUUUAAACAAAUUGAUAUAGGAACGUACACAAAUUCACCCAUUUCUUCACUUCACUACACUUCUCGUUCAAUUUCAAGUGAGA